AUCAACAUCUAAAAGGCUAAUUAGGAAGAAUUAGAGAAAGUAAUUAGAGAGAAAUUAAUUAAAUUAAGAUGGCUGCAAAAUAUAUAGUGGUGUUAGUAGCAAUUACAACACUAAUGUUGAGGAAUCACAAUGUAGGUGCAACAGAAUUGAUCGUAGGAGACGAUGCGGCGUGGAACGUUCCCGGCUCACCGGAAACUUACUCUACUUGGGCUUCCAAACACACAUUUUCCGUUGGUGAUGUUCUAGUGUUCAACUUUGUGAAUGGAUCUCACACGGUGGCUUUGGUGAACAAGAAUGCAUUUGAGACGUGCAACACAAGUAACGUAAACUCGGCCAUAAUGUCUCAAAGUCCUGUACGAGUUCCUCUUCAGAAAACCGGCCAGCUUCACUUCAUCUGCACCGUUGAUGACCAUUGUUUGUCCGGCUUAAAAUUAUCCAUCAAUGUCACCGACAAGUCGCCGUUGUCACCAGCUUCGUCGUCAACUCCGCCGGCGAAUUCAUCACCAACGAAUAUCCCUUCUUUUGCCUUUGUUGCCUCAUCUUCUCUCAUGCUUUUUUUUGUGAACUUGUGAUCAAUCUUUUAAUUUGAUUUGCUUAACUAAUUGGUUCCAUUGCUUAACUAAUUAGUUCCAUAACUAAUUAGUUACAGUGCUUAACUAAUUAGUUUAAUUGCUUAACUAAUUGGUUCUAUUCCUUAACUAAUUAAUUAGUUUAAUUAUUAUUAAACUAAUUGGUUCUAUUGUUUAACUAAUUGGUUCCAUUGCUUAACUUAUAUGAUACCAAAGCGGUAUUUUGUGUAUGACCACCUUAUAUAAAAGUUUGUAUUCGAUUUUUCCACAACCUUACUUGUACGAGUAUCCACAAACUUUGUAAUAAGUUUUUAUCAAGACAAACAUUUACGUCAAAUAUAUCUAAUAUAAUACUUC